GUCAACCACUACCUCCCCAACUACCUCCUCAAGGACGACAUCUACAUCCCGCGCGGGGCGGCCAGGAUCAGGCCGGCCCCCCUGGCGCCCCGCCCCGACGACAACGGCGCCGACGCCCCGCGCCAUCCCUCGGGCCCCAAGGACCGCCGACGUCUGGUGGCCCGCAACUUCGAGCUGGCUUCCGAGGCCGUCUGCGCGCUGGGCGGCACCCCGGAGGCCCCCGCCGCUGACGACUUUGCCCAUCACGGUGCGGAAGAAAAGGCGAUCGUCCUCUUCGUCGCCUUCCUCUGCGCGCGCCUUCUGGAAACUUCGAAGGAGGAUCGCGCGGCCUUGGUCAUCCAGCGCGCCUGGAGGGGGCGGAUCUUGCCCACCGUCAAUGCGGGAUUUCACCUGAGGCGGUUCGAGGCGGCAGUUGGGAUCGUGCAGAGGUCCGUGCGGUCGUGGCUGGUGCGCCUGCGGGAGAAUGAUGGGCGCAGGGCGUUCAUCGUGAGGAUGCAGGCCAUGCGGCGCGGGCUGGUGCAGAGGCGCCGGUAUCUGAGGAUGAGGGCGGCCGCACGCACCAUCCAGGCGCGGGCCAGGGCGUGGCGCGAGAGGCGGCGGUACCGAGAGGUCCUUGGGGCCACGCGUCGGCUGCAGGCAGCUCGCCGGGGUGCCAUCCAGCGCAGGAGCUACCUGCGCGUGAAGAAGGCCGCUUUGAAGGUGCAGGCCACGAGGCGGGCAUCCGUCCAGCGGCGCCGAUACCUCCGCGUUCGACAGGCCGCGACGACGAUCCAGGCGGGCGCGCGGACGUGGCGCGCGCGCAAGGAAUAUCAUCGGAUACUGCACACGACCAGCAGGCUGCAGGCCACUCGUCGCGGCGCCAUCCAGCGCCGGAACUUCCUCCACGUGAAGAAGGCCACUUUGAAGGUGCAGGCCACGCGAAGGGGGUCCGUCGAGCGCCGCCGGUACCUGCGCGCCCGCAAGGCCGCGACCACCAUCCAGGCGGGGACACGGGCUUGGCGGGCACAGAAGGAGUACCGCCGGAAACGGCAAGCAACCAGGCGGUUACAGGCGAAUCGACGAGGAGCCAUCCAGCGCAGGCACUACCUGCGUGUGAAAAAGUCUGUCCUAAAACUGCAGGCUGGCGCACGAGGUUGGCAUGUUCGCAGGGACCACAAACGGGCGCUGUUGGCGGCCACCCGGCUCCAGGCUUUGCGUCGUGGGGGUGUCCAACGGAGGAAUUUUCUGCAUGUCAAGCGGGCCGUUGUCAGAAUUCAAUCUUUUGCAAGAAUGCGCCGUGCACAAUUGCGUUACAAGCGCAUCACCUGGGCAGCGAAGCACAUGCAGGCUGCUUGGCAUGGGAGGGUGCAGCGCCAUAUCUUUGCAAACACCAAACGUGCUGCCAUCGCAAUUCAGAGCUGCUGUCGCAUGUGGCGGGCAAGGAAGCACUACCAAAGGUUGUUGAAGGCUGUCGUGUGCAUCCAGGCUGGCUUCCGUUCCUUCUCAUGGAGGAAACGAUACAUUAAAACUAGAGCAGCCAUAGUGCGAAUCCAACGCUGUGCACGUCUGUGGAUGAUAAGCAAGGCGCAGCAACGUGACAAUGCAGCUAUCUGCAUCCAGAGAAUCUUCAGGGGCUGGCGUGCAAGGAAGGCACUGGAGUGCCAGCACCGUGCUGCUGUCUGCGUGCAACGCUUUGUGCGGGGCCAUCUUGCUCGCAUGGACCUGCCAGCAGUGAUUGCACGUGCCGAGGAGCGCAAGGCCCAGGCGGCAGCUGCCAGAAGAAUUCAAGCACACUGGCGUGGGAUCCUUGUGAGGAAGUGGACGAAGCCAAUUCUGGAGGCUGCCAGGCAGAGGCGGCGGGAACAAUGGGCAUCUGGCGUAAUUCUGAAGGCGGUGCACAGACGCCGCGCAAUCCGCCGAGCCGCCCGCCUGGCGGCCGCCAGGCGCACCCUCUCCCGCUGGGCCCCCGCCUUCCUCGACCGCUGCCGCCUACUCCGCGCCCGCCGCGCCGCCACUACCAUCCAGCGCGCAUGGCGCCGAUCGCUCCGACGCCGCCACGACGCCGCCGUGGCCAUCCAGGCCGGCGUCCGCCGCUGGCUGGCCGUCAAAAAGCACAAGUCCGAUGUGGCAUCGAUCAUCAAGCUGCAGGCCCUGUGGAGGGGCAGGAUGGCGAGGAUGCGGGCCGGCGCAAAAUUCGGUCGCGUUCGCCGGCGGCUGAGGGAGAGGGCGGCCGAGGCGAGGCUGCGGCCGGAGAGGCGGAUCGGGGCGCGGUGCAGGGCGGCGCUGGAGCAGCUGUGCAGGAGUCGGACGGUGGAGGCGGCGGCUGCGGCGGUGUCCACCAUCGCAAUAUGCACGCAGUACAGCGUGGGGUGCUGCCAGAUGGUGGUGGAGGGUGGCGGGGUGGGGGCGCUGGUGCAGUUCAUCGCCAGGUGCCACAAGAACAAGCACCACAUGACCGCGCUGCAACACAGCCUGGACUCCCUGUCCAACAUUUGCUCAAGGGCGUCUCUGGUGGCCAACGUCUUCACCAAGGACGCCCUGGCUACCCUUACCGACCGCCUCCAAACCUUCAGGGAGCACCAGGAUGUCUUCCUGUCAAUAGUCUCCUUGCUUCGCUUGUUGUGCUACGACAGGGGGCGGGCCGCCAUGGUGAUGGGUGAGAUGCGCCAGCUGGUGAAGCAGUGGGAGGCUGUUGCUGGGGUGCUGGCCAGAACCAUCGCAACAGAGAGGAAGGCCAUGGGGCGAGUGGAAGAUGACAAGUACUCUGACAACACAGUGAAGGGCCUAACACACCGUAUGUUUGCCAUGACGGCGCAAUUGCGGGCUUUGAACGAUCUCUUAGAAAUGGUCCCAGACACAACAAACACUGCAGUCGAGCCCACCAGGCCGCCCCUCCUCACGCCCCGCAAAAACCUUCCAGCGCCCAACAAAAUUCUGCACAAGGUUGAGAAGUGGUGCCCCAAGAACACGAUGGCACGGAUCGCACUUUCAGAGCUGCAAGUCACUGCUGCGGCACGGAGGGAAAAUGCCAGUUCUCCCACCCCAAAGCGAUUGAAGAGGUAUCAUCCUCCGGCUCGUUGA